UCUUUGGCUGAUGUGGACAAUUUAUUAACGGGUGAAAUAAUCUCCCGCUAAGUAACUAGCGACUAUCGAGCAAGCCGGUGUCAAAGAAAUAAACAUUGUUUUUUUUUUACCAAUGGAGCGAUGAAAAUAUGUAGCGUUUGAACUAAACAAUUUUUUAAACAUUUGUAAGAUCUGUAAUAAAAAAUAAAUAAGCGAUCAACAAUGAUGUCGGAAUGCGAACCAAACGAGACCGAUCCGGUGGUGGCGGAUGACAUAGCCCCGGUAACCGCCUCCGCUGCUGCUUCUACCACGGAUCUCAACUUUCGGUCACAGGAGCCGCUGUCGACGUUGUUCGAUAGAAACACAGUCGGGUCUGGGACAAACCCCGGGGUCGCGAUUCGGAUCUCGGGUUCGUGUGAAAGUGUUCUUACCGAAUUGGAGACGGACGGUUCUGGGGAAGAGACUCUGUUGUUACCGUGUUUAUCCGGAGGCGCGUCGUCACCUCGGGGCGAGAGGCGGAAGAGGACGAGGCGGAACCGACGGAGUUCAUCGUCGGAUAAAGAUAACCUUACCUCGCCAGGUAACAGUAGUGGAGACUUUAACCAUUUCCCCGGUGACCCAGAGUUUGGUGACAUCAUUCAGAGGGCGGAGCAGGCCAUCGAGGGCGGAGUCUUCCCAGAGAGAAUCUCUCAGGGUUCUAGCGGGAGUUACUUCGUUAAAGACUCCAAAGGGAAAAUUCUUGGUGUUUUCAAACCAAAGUCUGAAGUUCUCUGGGGUCACCUCAACCCUAAAUGGACCAAAUACUUUCACAAGCUGUGCUGUCCGUGUUGUUUUGGCCGUGGCUGCCUGAUCCCCAACCAGGGCUAUCUCUCAGAGGUUGCUGCCUCCCUCGUUGAUACCAGGCUAGGACUGGGGGUGGUCCCCAAAACCAAGGCUGUGUAUCUAGUCAGUGAGACAUUUCACUACACCACUAUCGACAGGGCCAAGUCCAGAGGGAAGAAAUACGCCCUGGAGAUGGUUCCCAAAGUAGGACGACACUUCCACAGAGUGGGCCUGCCCCCCAAGCUCGGUUCGUUCCAGCUGUUCGUGGAAGGGUACCAUGAGGCUGACUAUUGGCUGAGACGUUUUGAGGCGGAGCCUCUCCCAGAGAACAUCAGGAAACAGCUCCAGUCUCAGUUUGAGAGGCUCGUCAUUCUGGACUACGUCAUCAGAAACACAGGUAGGGGGAAUGACAACUGGUUGAUCAAGUAUGAGAAGCCAGGGGAAGGAGAGGGGAGAGAAGGCUGUAUGAUGUGUGUGUCUGAGGUAACAGAGAGUAGAGACCAGGCCAUCCAGAUAGCAGCUAUAGACAACGGCCUGGCCUUCCCCUUCAAACACCCUGACAGAGUGGAGGGCCACCCGUUCCAUUGGGCCUGUCUGCCCCAGGCUAAAGUGCCCUUCUCCCAGGAGACCAGAGAGCUGGUGCUGUCCCAUCUGUCAGACAUGAACUUCGUUCAGGACCUCUGUGAAGACCUCUACGAACUGUUUAUGGCAGAUAAAGGUUUUGAUAAGACCAUGUUUGAAAGGCAGAUGUCAGUCAUGAGAGGACAGAUCUUAAACCUGAGCCAGGCGUUGAAGGACAAUAAAACUCCCAUUCAGUUGGUCCAGAUGCCCAGAGUCGUGGUGGAGAGACGGCGGACUGGAGGACAGGGGAGGGUGGUGACAUUAGGAACAGCUUUCACCCAGACCUUCCACUGCAAGAGACCAUUCUUCUCUUCCUGGUAGAGGGAGGGAUGGCUGGAGAGGGAGAGAGGACAGGGGAGGGUGGUGACAUUAGGAACAGCUUUCACCAAGACUCAGAGGGAGGGAUUCCUGGAGAGGGAGAGAGGACAGGGGAGGGUGGUAACAUUAGGAACAGCUUUCACCCAGACCUUCCUUCUUCUUCGUUCUUCUCUUCCUGUUAGAGGGAGGGAUGGCUGGAGGAGCUGCUGCAGGGGUGGGUGGAGAGAUGAGGAGGGAGGGAAGAGAGGGAGCCUCCACUGCAACACUAUGACCUACCCUCCUGGUAGAGAGUGUGAGAGAGUGUGAGAGAGUGUGAGAGAGUGUGAGAGAGUGUGAGAGAGUGUG